CAGUUAUAUUUGAUUAGGAGCUCAAUUUAGAAAUAUUUGUUAGACAAAUGUACAAUUUCAAGGUUACGUACAAGCCUGCGCAUGCGCACGAAAUGCAAAGAUGCUUACGACUACUGGACCAAACCGCAGUGUUGCCAACUUAGCGAUUUUGACGCUAUAUUUAGCUACUUUUCAGACCCCUUUGGCGACUUUUUUUCAGCGACAAGCGACAAAUCUAGCUCCUUUUUCAGCUGCUAUUGGUGACUUUUGGCGACUUUUUGAGGUGAAAGCACUGUCGCUAUUACCUCUUCACAACGAGCACCAGGUGCCUGCGCGGCCCCUCCCCCGUCUCAACGCACUUACAGGCAGCUCAGUCCUCGUGGUAAAAAGCAAACUCAGGAACCGGAUGUCCUUGCAGACCUUAAACUCCAUCCUAUACAUCCGAUAUGGAUUAAAGCUGUCAGGUGAAGCUUGCUUUGAGCACCAGCUGCCUGAUCAUGUUUUGAAGCUUUUUGGAACAUCAGCUGCUUAUUCAUUCAAGGUAGCACCUACAACUGAACCUGCAGUAGAGAGCCUUGACCAGAGUGACGAUGACUCACUGGUUCUGUGAGCUAGCACAGCCUGUCUGUGUCUGGAGGGAGGUCUGGAGUAGGCCUAACUCUGCCAUUUAGAUUGUUAAUAUAUAUUGUAUACAAAAAUAUGUUAUGUUUAAAAAUGUUCAUGUUUAAAUGAGAAACAAUUGUUUGAUUAAAUUGUAAUCUUUUUGAUUGGAUAAAACAAAUUAUUUCUGAUAGAUAUUUCUUAAAUGAGAAACAAUUGUUGGAGUGAAUCAAUAUUUUUUUGUUUAGGAUUUAACAUACGAUUUAAAUGUAUUAACUUCAUUCAAAGAAUAGAAUUAUACUUGGUGCCAAGUUGUAUUAUUUUGUUUUUAUGAACAUAGGAAAUAUUGUUUGAGGCAAGCUAUAUAUUUGUCAUUGGCUCAAGUUAUGUAAUAUAGAUGUGAACCAUUACCCUAGAUUUUUUAAAUUGGUUCAACAGAAGGCUUUUUCCAGUGUAGUUAUGUUGCCUAAACCUAACCAUUGUUGCCUUAACCUAACCAAUUUUGUGUAGUAUAAACCCAACAAAGUAGUUGUGUUGACUAACCUAACCAAGUAGUUGUGUUGCCUAAGCCUAAUCACAUUGAAAUGUACAACUUAAAAUAAUAAGUAAUCUAAGUCUAUAAAUAAUACGUGACUGAACCUGGUUGUCCUGGAUGAAAGUCCUUUAACUGACCUAUUUAUCCACCGCAACCUCCUCACACGCACUUUGUCGCUUUUUAUAUGGUGUCACCUGUCUUCCUUAAGACUUAUCUGGCAGGAAGGGCUAUCUGGCAAAAAGCCCCGAAGACAAACGUCCCCCCGCGGGUGUUUGGCACGGCCCUCAUCAAUGUAGAAACGGGGGUUGCCUGCCCCUUAGUGGCUUGAGUAGAGCACUUCAUCUGUCAAACUUUCUCUUCAAACAAAGUACUUCCUAGAUACUAUGCACUCAUUAAACAUCAGUGCUCUGCCAUGCGAUCCCCACAAUGUUAUGCCAUUCUAGAGGGACAGCAAGUAGGUUAGAAUUAGCCUUUGAUUGGACAUGGUUCUUCAUAAAUAAACAUCAUUCCCCGCUAAACAGAAUGAAGACCCCUUUGCAUCCUCAAAAUGUUGUCUUACUCUGAACAACUAGGUGUGUAUCAAUUCAACUUGGGUUCAGUAGAGGAUUGUAGAUUAUUCAAUGUCUAUGCAGAGGCAUUUGAACUGAAGUACGGCAAUUGUCUGCGCUCAUAAUCUGGGAUAAUCCUCACUUAUUGCCGGAGACAAUUCAUUUCAGCAAUGUCAAAUGAAAAAUGAGAUUUAGAAUUUUGGCAAUUGUGAACGUUGGUGCUUUGGAAAAAAAAAUUCUUGCAUGCCUGUCUGUCCCAAAAGCUAUGGUAAAUCCUUACUAUAGAGAAAUGGAGAUGUCUAUCUGGCGUUUCCUUAUUUUUCUGCAGGAAGGCACUAGGCUUGUUGACUUCCUCUCCCCUCCCUUCCUUCCUUCUCUCCGAAGGUACUCAUCUGAAAAAUGAGAACAAAGUGAUUGUUCCUGUUCUCUUUCUUAAGUCAGUGCAAACGCUGUCUGUGGACGGGCGCCUCAGUCAGAGCCGCACAAGGUGCAGAGCAACAGCACAGAGAGAGGGAUAGAGGGAGAUAGAGGAGAUAGAGAGGGAGAUAGAGAGAGGGACAGAGAGAGAACGCACAGAGAGACACCACAGCUGCUGCUUCUGCUGCUGCACCUCUGCCAUUAGAGAGUCAUCAGAACCAUAGGAGUCUGCUGCGCUGUGCUGGAAGAGGAUGGACAGUUCCUCCCCAGCAAGAAGUCCCCCUUUCAGAGAUGACCUGCGGCCAGCGGCUCAGCGUGGUUUCUACUUAAGCCACUCUCCGCUCAACAUUAAACCCACAAACCUCUCUUCUCCCAGAUACCCUGACACAUCCCCCAGCAGAUACACCUUUAGCCGCGCUUUCAGCCCCCACAGGUUUGCCUCUAUGUUUGGAUCCCAAGACAAUCAUCACGAUCAGAAGGAGGGAUCGCAAAAACGCAAAAAAACACCUCUCAAAAAGGAUGCAGGAGAAGGUGAAUCCAUUGAGAGAGAGGAAGAAGAAGAGACAGAGAGAGAGGGUGCUGAGGCUGGCAGUAGGAAGAGAAUAGCCUUGCUGCCCCAUCGACCCCUUUCCCUUACUCCUCCAUCCGUCGGCCAGGAAGCCAUCCCGGGCAUGAUCGAUCUCAACCGACUGCAGCUCCAGAGUAGCCUGUCCAGGUGCGGCCUGCGCGGUCCUGCCCCACCUGUUCAGGUGAAGGAGGAGCCCCUGUCUUCUCCCCCUCCAAUAUGGCACCCGCCUCCGCUCUUCCUCCAUCCCCCUUCCCCAUACUUCCCCCCUUUCCACCCCAGCCUGCUGCCCUUUCCUUUCUUCCUGGCGGGGCCCAUCAUGCACCUCUCCCCGGGAACCAUGUACCCCAAGCAGGCCCUCAAACCUGGUCGCCGAGGCCCAGACGGAGGCCCGCGUGGAGGGAGCACGACCAGCGCAGAGAAGCUGGGCUUCAACGUCCAAGUGGACGACAGCUACUACGUGGACGUGGGCGGGGACCAGAAGCGGUGGAAGUGCCGCAUGUGCGAGAAGUCGUACACCUCCAAGUACAACCUGAUCACGCACAUACUGGGCCAUAGUGGCAUCAAGCCCCACGGCUGCCACCUGUGCGGGAAGCUGUUCAAGCAGCUGAGCCAUCUGCACACUCAUUUGCUCACGCACCAGGGCAUGAGGCCCCACAAGUGUCAGGUGUGCCACAAGGCCUUCACGCAGACCAGCCACCUGAAGAGGCACAUGAUGCAGCACAGCGACGUGAAGCCCUACAGCUGUGGUGUGUGCGGCCGGGGCUUCGCCUACCCCAGUGAGCUCCGCUCACAUGAGCUGAAGCACAAGAAGGGCCAGGAGAACGUGUGCGUGGAGUGCGGCUUGGACUUCCCCACGUUGGCCCAGUUAAAGAGACACCUGACCACCCAUCGCGGACCCACCCUGUACAGGUGUGGGGAAUGCCAGAAAACCUUCCAGUACCCAAGCCAGCUUCAGAACCACAUGAUGAAACACAAAGACAUCCGGCCGUACAUCUGCAGCGAGUGCGGCAUGGAGUUCAUACAGUCCCACCACCUUAAACAACACACACUCACUCAUAAGGGGGUGAAGGAGCACAAGUGUCGGAUCUGUGGUCGCGAGUUCACGUUGUUGGCCAACAUGAAGCGCCAUGUUCUUAUCCACACCAACAUCAGGGCGUACCAAUGCCACAUGUGCUUCAAGAGCUUUGUCCAGAAGCAGACGCUCAAGGCCCACAUGAUCGUCCACUCCGACAGCAAACCCUAUAAGUGCAAGCUCUGCGGAAAGGAGUUCAACCGAAUGCAUAACCUAAUGGGCCAUAUGCAUCUCCACUCGGACAGCAAGCCCUUCAAAUGCCUCUACUGCCCCAGCAAGUUCACCCUGAAGGGAAACCUGACUCGACACAUGAAGGUCAAACACGGCAUCAUGGACCGAGGGCUGGACCAGAGAUUGUUCCGUCGCAGGGGGCGAUUCUGUCUGCCCCCUCCCCUGGGUCUUCUGACCCGCUUCAACCAGGAGGAGCCCUGCGACCUGUCUCAGAAGACCCCCGACCCGCCAGGCCUCCACCUGGCCCACUCCGACGGAGAGAGCCUCCCCGGCAGCUCCUGCCAGGAGGAGGAGGAGGAGGAGGAGGAGGAGGAGGAGGAGGAGGGGGAAGAGGAGGAGGAUGGGGAGGAGGAUGGGGAGGAGGAAGAGGAGGAGCGCUUGUACAGCCCUGAGGUGUACCAGCACCGCACGGAGCUCCGCUACGCUCCUGAGUCAGAAUCACGCCGUCGGCCCUGCCGUCCCGACCGCGGACCACGGGACGCUCUGCAGCAGCCAUGCCCGCACGGCACCCACGACCCCAGGCAGGAGGCCCGGACGACGCCUCCGCCUGGCAGCCGCUGCCUGGACGGACGAGGGCCACCGUGCAGGUCCCCCGCGGGGACGCCGACGCCUUCGCUGGACGACCACGGCUCCCACUCCGAGGCCGGAGACGAGACAGAAACAAAGUACGAGGUGUACGGCGAAGAGGGGAGUGAGACGCCGCGGUGGGAGCGAGGGGAGGAGGACGUGAACCCUGAUCUCCGAGUGGUGGGGAGACAGAGCAGGUUAGAGGAAUGGGAGAGGCGUCUCUGCAUGAUUGUUGAGCCCUCAGACAGGGGAAGAGAAGAAGGAGAGGAGGAAUGUGAACAGGAAGAUGCGUAGAACUGGGAGCGCUGGACAAUGAGCUAACGAGGAAAGCGGAAGUUGGACAGUGUUUUUUUCUAUAUUGGAGCUGAGAAAGUGUGAUUAAAAUGCUGUGAGGCAUAUUGUAUAUAAGCCAUAAUUACACACUGAUUUUAUUGGAAAAUACUGCCAUUAGAGGAACAACACUGUUAACACAAUAUUUGUUUAAGAUCAGAAAUAGCUUAUUGUUUUUUUUGCAAUAAUGAUUUCUUAAUAAUCAUGUCUGAAUGGGUGAUUUUGAGGUUUCUUUGACCUUAUUUCUGCUUUGUUGUUAAAUUUCUGAUAUUAUUUGUAUGCAAUACUUUUAAUGUUGUCUUUUUUGAAAGCUGUGAACCGUUUUACCAUAAAGCUUAUUAGUUGGUUGCAGAAUAAUUGUUGAAAUGCUUAAUCUGCACCCUAUUUAUGAAAUAAACUGUGACGAAACAAUAAAUUUGACCUG